GCAUUUUAAAAUGUACUCGUAUUCAAUAGUUUCAAGUGAAUUGAUUUAAAAUGAUAUUAGAAGCAUCUAAAGAGACAUAAAAACAAACUUGCAUACGAUUUAAACGAGUAACCAAUUGGAAAUUGUAUCGUGGAAAGUUUAAAUUGCAAACAAUGAAGUUGUUUGAUAUUACGACGGUAAGAAACGUUAACGACACCAUUGUUUAUAAUUAUUCGACAACAUUUAAAUUAGAGUCAGAUUUGUCGAUCAUCACAUUCACAGUACUAUCGACAAUUCUUUGUUUAGCUGCGAUUACGGCGAAUUUCACUACAAUGCUGAUCGUGAUCCUUCUACCAAAGCAAACACCAUUCACGAAAUUAUUCAUCAAUUUAGCAACAUGUGAUAUUCUGGGAACUAUUGCUAUUUAUGUUGGCGAUGUUGCAUUUAGAGCUGGGACACAUUGGAACCUUCCGAUUGAAACGUGUAAUAUGCUCUUCAAAAUUGGAGGGACAUGCUUCAGUUUGUUUUUCUUCACGUCAGCCGUGACGCUGCUCGUGUUCGCCUUAAUGCGGUACAUCGGCAUCACAAAACCACACUCAUUCAAAUCACUCUUUGAAAGUACUACAAAGGUCGUGCUGUAUAUUGUGCUCUGCUGGAUAAUAUCACUCUGUUUCACAUUACCCACUAUCGUAUGUGAUAAUGCGAAACAGAGGUGUAACAAUUUAUCGAUUUACUCGCCGAGUGGCUGUAUGUCAAAAAGUGCCUACAAAUUUUGCACGAACUAUAAAUACAUCUGGGCGGGAGGUAAAGCUUCAAUUCUGGUCAUUGUUGUUUUUCUUUAUCUGAGUCUCUCGCGAGAUUUAUUUGUGAGAUCUGCAUCGUUCAGUUCCAGUAAACGUAACAACAAUACAUCGACUCGGGACCCUGGGAAAGAUAAACAUGCUUUUAUUACAAUAUUGAUCCUACUUGUGAUAUUGGUUGCCACAGGUGUGCCAUAUAUUACAGUGAAGGUGUUUAGGAGAGCCUAUUAUGACCAAACAACAAUCAGUGUCUAUAACAACUUCGUUGCAUAUUUUCCAUAUAUAAACUUUAUCCUAGAUCCUAUUGUUUACAGCAUCCGGUCAUCGGAUAUACACACAACAUAUAAAUGCUUAUUUCGGCAACUAUGCUCUUAUCAAAAGUGCAUGACGCAGCAGGAGCGUACCGACAAUAAGUACACAGUGAGUCAUAAUAGCCACGACAAGCCAGUUGUCAUAGCGAUUAAUGAUUUGAAAACAAAACCAGAAAGUGUCAAGGAUAGUCAUGUUCGAAUAGCCAUGAGAGAUACAUCUACAAAACCAGAACUUGUUUAAAUGCUUGCAGAAUUACUUACAAUGUAUCUAUUGGUAUCUCAUGCAAAGGUCACAUUUGUUAUGGCGACUGACGAUCAGUAAUGUCUGCGGUCAGUAACAUUAAAACGGUCGCCCUAGAACUCGUGGUUAAUAAAUGAUGACGCAUGGUCAGCUUAGGGCGGCUCUUAUUGAGGGCAUAGUUCCAAAACCGAGCUAAAACCAGGGUUAAGACGCAAGCGGGCCGCAUGAAGGCCCUCACUAAAUGAUUAAUGUCCGAAGGCACGUGCCGUAUAUAGGGUGUUUCAUAUGUAUGUACCCUAUCAUGUUAUAUAUCAUUUUGUUUCUUGUGAAAAGUUACA